AUGGCUGACACCUGCUCCCAGGAAGGUCUUACAUCUCCCAGAUCACGAAGGUCUACCACGAGUGAUAUCAGAAAUAGGAAAUACAAACUGAGUCACGACUUGACACCAUCACCAACAGAAUCAGAAAACAAGUUCGUUUACACCAAUAUUGGAUUUGCCUCAAGUAUAAACAAUGUCGACAAACAUGUCGACACGGAGGGGGAUGACAACGUGUUCGUCACAUCAUUAAAUUUCCCCGGCACCAAACGAAAUCGCGUGGAAAGUGCACGUGACAAGGAUACCCCGAGAAAAGCCGGGUUUUGCAGAUGUUGUUUUGUAGCAGUGUUGAUAACUGUUUUGGGUUUGGGACUACUUUCAGGCGUGGCUGUGAUAUUAGCGUUUCAUGUAUUUGGUGUUGGAGAACUGUCUCAGGAGGUCACGACCCCGUCCACCGAUGUUACUACGUCACCACAAGACGUGGUGUUAUUAGAUGGUGAACUUUCUAUAUACGAUGAUUGGGACGAUGAUUUAUCCGACAUCACAUCGUCUCUAUAUAAUACUACUACUAACAAUUUUACAAAAGAAAUUGAUGGGGUUAUGUUAAACAGUAACCUAUCACAGUCCUAUGUAUCAGUACACGUACGGAAACUAUGUCGCGGUAGCAUACAGGUAUUUUUUGACAUGGCGUUCCGAGAAUCUACAGAACUUCCUGGCCCAGAAGUCCUGCCAGUCCUAACCGAGUACGUCAUCAAGGCCGCCAAAUCUGACGGCACCACUACCCUUAACAUCAACCCAGUCACCGUCAUACUGAGUAUCAGGGUACAACUUCUUCGACUACAACUCCAAGAAGUACAACGCCUUCGACUACAACUCCAAGAAGUACAACGCCUUCGACUACAACUCCAAAAAGUACAACUUCUUCGACUACAACUCCAAGAAGUACAACGCCUUCGACUACAACUCCAAAAAGUACAACUUCUUCGACUACAACUCUUAAAAGUACAACGCCUUCGACUACAACUCCAAAAGUACAACUUCUUCGGCUACAACUCCCUCAACGCCUUCGACUACAACCUCCAAGAAGUACAAACGCCUUCGACUACAACUCCAAAAAGUACAACUUCUUCGACUACAACUCCAAGAAGUACAACGCCUUCGACUACAACUCCAAAAAGUACAACUUCUUCGACUACAACUCUUAAAAGUACAACGCCUUCGACUACAACUCCAAAAAGUACAACUUCUUCGGCUACAACUCUUAAAAGUACAACUUCUUCGACUACAACUCCAAGAAGUACAACGCCUUCGACUACAACUCCAAAAAGUACAACUUCUUCGACUACAACUCUUAAAAGUACAACUUCUUCGACUACAACUCUUAAAAGUACAACGCCUUCCACUACAACUCCAAGAAGUACAACGCCUUCGACUACUACUACAAAAAGUCCAACUGAUACGACUACAACUAUAAAGAGUACAAGUCCAGCUAUUGUACCUACUGAAACUACGACGUCGCUACGAACAACUACGGCAGCUGCAGACUUGUGUGAGGAUGUAACAGUCGACGCAUGCGUUGCCAUGGGGAUAAAUAAGACUGUGUUUCCGAACCUGUUACAAUCGAAGAACCAAACCGAGGCUCUGGUGUACUACGAUACGUUCCUCCCUAUGACGUGUUCCGAUAAUGCACGUCACAUGUUGUGUGCCAUGUUGUUUUUCACGUGUGACGAGGGCAGGCCUGUUUAUCCGUGUAGGGGCUUAUGUGAAGUUGUCCUGUCGGAGUGUGGCUCGGGAUUCCCGUUGGUAACAGCUGACCUAUGCGCAGUAUUACCUACGUCUGACUGUGUAUCCCAGCUUCCUCCCCGCCCAACCACGACUCCAUCCUCGAAUGUUUCUACCACUGCAAAACCAGACUUGUGUGAGGUUGUAACAGUCGACGCAUGCGUUGCCAUGGGGAUAAAUAAGACUGUGUUUCCGAACCUGUUACAAUCGAAGAACCAGACCGAGGCUCUGGUGUACUACGAUACGUUCCUCCCUAUGACGUGUUCCGACAAUGCACGUCACAUGUUGUGUGCCAUGUUGUUCUUCACGUGUGACGAGGGGAGGCCUGUUUAUCCGUGUAGGGGCUUAUGUGAAGUUGUCCUGUCGGAGUGUGGCUCGGGGUUCCCAUUGGUGACAGCUGACCUAUGUGCAGUAUUACCAACGUCUGACUGUGUAUCCCAGCUUCCUCCCCGCCCAACCACGACUCCACCCUCGAAUGUUACCACGACUGCAAAACCAGACUUGUGUGAGACUGUGACAGUCGACGCAUGCGUUGCCAUGGGGAUAAAUAAGACUGUGUUUCCGAACCUGUUACAAUCGAAGAACCAGACCGAGGCUCUGGUGUACUACGAUACGUUCCUCCCUAUGACGUGUUCCGACAAUGCACGUCACAUGUUAUGUGCCAUGUUGUUCUUCACGUGUGACGAGGGGAGGCCUGUUUAUCCGUGUAGGGGUUUAUGUGAAGUUGUCCUCUCCGAGUGCGGGACGGGGUUCCCAUUGGUAACCUCUGACCUGUGUGAGAUACUUCCAACAACUGACUGUGUGUCUCAGCUUCCUCACCCGAAAUCUACCCCAGCUUCUUUAACAAAUGUAACGGCAACUACGGGUUUGUCCACCACCACCAUCACCACCACUACAAAACCAGAGUUGUGUGAAGAUGUGCGUGUACCUGAAUGCGUUGCACUAGGCGUUAACGCUACUGUGUUUCCAAAUCUGUUCCAACAUGGCGACCAAGAUACCGCCAUCACUGUAUUCCAGUCAUAUCUCCCCCUGGCCUGCUCUAACAACGCUCGACAUGUGUUAUGUGCCAUGCUGUUCUUUACGUGUGAGGAGGGUCUGCCAAGAUAUCCUUGUCGCAGUCUGUGUGAAGCUGCCCUGUCCGACUGCGGGGACGCUUUUCCAGUGGUGAGCCCAGAGUUAUGUCAGGUUUUACCAACCAAUGAUUGUGUUCCUCCCCUGUCACCCCCAUCAACAACCACACUGUCAACAUCAACCACACUGUCAACAUCAACCACACUGUCAACAUCAACUACAACUGCUUCACCAGAUUUGUGUGAAGCAGUACGUGUGCCUGAAUGCGUUGCCAUGGGGAUUAAUGCGACGGUGUUUCCAAAUCUGUUCCAACAAGACGACCAAGAUACCGCCAUAGCCGUAUAUCAGACAUAUCUACCACUGGCCUGCUCUGACAACGCCCGACAUGUGUUGUGUGCCACAUUAUUCUUCAAAUGUGACAUGGGUAUCCCUCUAUAUCCAUGUAGAAGUCUUUGCGAAGCCGCCCUGUCUGACUGUGGGGACGAUUUUCCUGUGGUAACCCCAAAGUUGUGUCAGGCAUUACCGACCGAAAACUGUGUUCCUCCCCUACCGUCACCGUCAACAACUCCACGAUCUACGUCCACCACGACCGUUACUCCAGAAACAUGUGAUCCUGUUCAACUAAACGUUUGCAAACUAUAUGGAUUUAACAACACACGUUUCCCAAAUGUCUUUCUGGAGAAAGAUCAAACCACCGCAGUGGAGACUUACCGGCGAGACUUCGAAACAACUCUCAAUAGUAACUGUUCCUCGGAUGCCGGAAGGUUUGUCUGUUCUCAUCUGUUCCCAACAUGUGACAAAGGCUCCAGUUAUCUCCCCUGUCGGCAUUUCUGUGAAGCUAUCAACCAAGCCUGUUCCCAGAGCCUACCAUAUUUGUUCCAAUGUCAGGAUUAUCCUGAAUACAAUGGAGCAGAUAAUUGUAUACUCCCUGAUUUCAAAAGAGCAGCCUGUGCUGCUGAUUGGUCUUCCUGUCUCGCCGAAUCUAAAUGUAUCCCAGCAUCAGCAGUUUGUGACGGCCAUGUGGAUUGUAUUGGCUGGACAGACGAAAGUCGGUGUAGUUGUGACGCCGAGUUUGAAUACCAGUGUAAAAUGGGGAUGUGUAUAGAGUCUUAUGAGAGAUGUGAUGGCGUCAAACAGUGCCCGGAUGGUAGUGACGAGGACAACUGUCUGUGUCCAAAGGGCCAACACGUCUGUACGGACGGCACGUGCAUCAUGGCUGAAUGGGUGUGUGACGGUGAAGUGGACUGUCCCGACCGCUCGGACGAAACCAUGUGUGGACAAUGUCUCGCGUCGGAAUUCUCCUGUCUUGAUGGGAACUGUGUAGAUAAACACGAGAGAUGUGACUUUCAUAAAAACUGCCCUGACCAAUCAGAUGAGAGGGAAUGUUUGAUCCGAGAUUCCUCUGGUGUGUUGAAAGUUGCGUCCGACCAAACGUACGUCCCCGUGUGUGCGGACUCGUGGACAGAUACAUCCGGGUAUAUGGCAUGUGAAAAACUCGGGGACAAGCGGACAGUGAACACUACCAGUGUGACCUACAUCAGUGCCUUAUACGCCAGUAUUAAUGCUAACGGAUCUCACAACAGUUACCUGGGUCGCAUCAAUAUCGGAUCCACUUGUCCGGACAAUAAGGUAGUGGUGAUUACGUGUAUCCCGAGAGAUUGCGGUCGGCGUCACGUGACUGAUGGUAUUGUCCAGUACAUUGUCAAUGGCGACGCUGCUUUACCAGGGGCGUGGCCAUGGCAGGGAUCACUUCAACUUGGCGAUUUUGGAAAGCACGUUUGUGGUGCAUCUCUGAUCGCUCCGAACUUCAUUGUAACGGCGACCCACUGUGUAAAUGAUUUCCUUGACCCCUCCUCCAUGAGUGUGGUGUUUGGCGUCACCAACAGAGUCACAGGAAGCGCUACCAAGGAGUCCUACAAAGUGAAGAGAAUAAUCAAGGCCGAUAACUCGUACUAUCGUUUUGGACCGGGGGAUUUAUCUUUGUUUGAGCUUACACACAGUGUUAAGUACACUCCUUACAUCCAGCCUAUAUGUUUACCAGAGGAGGGCGAGGUGUUCCCAGAGACAGCCAUCUGUUACACGACAGGAUGGGGAAGAACGGAACCCGAGGGCGAGUAUUCCGAGACGUUGAAUGAACUGAAGAUGAAAUUAUGGACACUUAAUAAAUGUAACGGAACUCACGGUUGGAACGGAUCGAUCGCGGACACGUACAUGUGUGCUGGGUACUACAGCGGAAUCAAGUCCGUGUGUAAGGGAGACAGUGGGGGCCCUUUGGUGUGUAAGGAUACCAUGGGAACCUGGAAAUUAGUCGGAGUGUCCAGUUAUGUAUCCAGCUACUGUAACUGGACGGCCAGACCGAAUGUGUUCACGGAUGUCCGGCGAUACGUCAGCUGGAUCAACACAACUACAACGCCAAUAUUUACCUGUGAUAACGGUCAGCAUCUGUACGAGGAGGACAAGCUAUGUAACAGGGAAGAUGAUUGCGGCGACGGUAGCGAUGAGGCGGUCAACUGUCCCAUCAGCGUCAACUGUACAUUCGACGAUCCGUUUUUGUGUGGUUAUGAAGUAGACGGUUUUUCCUGGGAACAUGGCAACAACCGAUCACAGUCUCCAAGUAACCUGCCUUCAGGCGACCAUACUGUAGGACGGUGGCCUGGAAGAUACCUAGUUGGAGCCAGUGUUGCCACCUUUGAGGGUAGAGUGACCACUCCCAUUCUGACCCUUGACCGCGACUCGUGCUUCCGGUUCCACUACAACAUCCGGGGACAGGUGAUGUCCAGCCUGAUCGUCCGUGUCUAUAACGAGAGUGCCACUGCAGAUCCUAAAUCACGUGUCCUGUGGUCUUCUGGUGAAGGAGUGUUCUCUGACGAAUGGUCAACUGGUCAUCUUGACCUUCCGCCCGGACGUUACUAUCUCGCAUUCAUCACCACAGAUAAAAUGCGGGUGGCUCUUGACGACAUCACAGUGACUCAUGGAAAAUGCAGCUCAGCAGUAUGCAGGGCGGAUGAAUUUCCAUGCGAUGCCGAUCCUAACAAAAUAAAAUGCAUCCCAUUAGAAUCAAAAUGUAACCUGGUUAUAGACUGUCCGGGGGGAGAGGAUGAGGGAGCGACCACGUGUGCAGCCGAAGUGCCCAGUUUUACCUGUGAUUUUGAUGACAACGUCCACUGUGGAUUCCAGCAGGAUAGUAGUGAUACUGGCGAACUGGUUCUGGUCAACAGAACCUAUUUGAACAGUGUUCUACUGCACCAGGCAUUCAGUGACCAUUCAUCUGGUCGAGGAGAAGGGUUCUUGCUGUUCGCCUUUCAGACGAUCUUCCUUAAAGGUGAUAACAUCGUCAUGAGACAGAAACUUGAUCUUAACAUGUUGGAUCACUGUCUUGUGUUUUACUUUCGAGGGAAUACAGAAUCGGAGUUCACGGUAGAUGCUGAAUAUUCUGACAGUCCUGAUAUGAAUGUAUGGAACUUCACGACGGGCCGUUCGUUUGGUUGGGCUAAGGCUCAGAUCCAACUUCCUCGGGAGUCGGUUGUAACCAUACGGUACAGAAUUACCCAGGCUCUUGACCGCACCAUGACCUUCCCUACUCCCUACUUAGCUCUCGACGACUUCUCCAUAACACGAGGAAUGUGUCCGACAUACGAUUGCCCUGAUACCUGGUCGAAGUGUGGUUCCAAGGACUUCUGUUACCCGGCUACAGCUGUUUGUGAUAGGACCGUGGACUGUAUGGAUGAGACCGACGAGUCGCAGUGUGAGUGUACAGACUCUGAAUACAAAUGUUUAAAUGGUCGAUGUUUACCGGCCACCAAACAAUGUGACACUCAUCAGGAUUGUCUGGGUGGAGAUGACGAAGGAGUUGUCUGUGACCCUCUAAGAACAGUAUCGUGCAGUUUUGAGAACCCGUUUAUGUGUGGCUACAGUACCGAAGAGGUCAAAGGUUAUCGAUGGAUACGGAACUCUGGGAAGACGCCCUCGACAUAUACCGGGCCGAUGUCCGACUAUAACCCAGGGACAACACAAGGAAACUACAUGUAUGCUGAGGGAAGUGACGGUAACCAUGGAGAUAAUUGUAGCAUAGUAUCGGUACCAUUCACCCCGACUUCCGGACAAAGCUUGUCGUUCUUCUAUCACAUGUACGCUAGAGAAUUCUGGGUAGACAUCGGAGGUCUGGAGAUCAUGACAUCGACAGUAACAUCAGGUGUGGAGACACAACUGUGGUUUAACAAGACUUCAACUGGAAACGCAUGGACGGCUGGAUGUGUUGAUCUCCUCCCUGUGGGUCUCGAGGUCAAGGUCAUAUUUCGUGCUUUCAGGACGACUGCUUUAGAUAAAUAUGACGCUGAUAUAGCAAUUGACUCUGUGACUUUACAGAAUAAAACGUGUACAGACGUAAACCUAUCAUCAACGACAACUUCAGCCCCAGUUACAACCACCGCUAUAGCAGGUUGCGGGCCUGAUCAAUUCACCUGUGGGAGCGGCCUGUGUAUUCCUUUAGCGGACCGAUGUGACACGAUCAAGGAUUGUUUAGACAACAGUGAUGAGACAAACUGUCCAGUAGGAUGAUCGACUAUCUGAAGAAUAUCAAUAUUAUCAUGGACCAUUUAUUAUAACAAUGUAGCAAUGCUUUGAUGAAAUCAAGUAUAUGCUAUGUUAUGUAUUUAUGCAAAACAACGAAGUAUUAAAUAUUUCGUUGAAUACAUGUAGGCAAAAGCAAUAUUUUGAGCAUCUUUGUUUGCAUAUACCUCGCCAAAGGUAUGAGCAGUGAUUUUUAUGCCUUCAAGAACAGCUCAGCAUCUGUAACUUGCUUUAUACCACUUAUUUUUCGCGAGAGAUAUUAUUUUCAGGGUUGUUCCCGAGGAAAUGCAUAGGAUUUAUAUCAUACAUGGAUGUUGAGAUAUAAUUGUUCAGUUCAUCUAUUUAUUGUUGGCUUUGUGAAUUUAAUCGAUUUCUUAUUUUAUUGAUAACUAAAUUUUAUAUACAGUGUUUAUAAACGUGAUAUUCCCAACGAUGUGGCAUUCAUUGAUAACAUACACCGGUAUUUGUCCGUCCAUUUAACUGUCAAUUUAUAAACUGUAUUGGAUAAAUCUGAAAUCGGACGCCCAUUCAAAUUACAUUCUAAAAUAUUUUAUUCAUGUCAAAUUAUUUUAUCAUGUAGGUUAAUAAUGUUGUUACUUAUCCAAUGAUAAAAUGUCUUUGUUGUUUUAAGUAAUCAAAUGUCUAUCCAAUCUUGCAAUAUACUUAUAUGGAGAAUACUAUAAUAUGAAUCAUUAUCUAAGAGUCAAACUAUUAUUCAACCAUUGUCAUUUCAUAAUUAUUUAUUAACAUUUUUUAAACCCAAUUCAAAUUUCAUUAAAGAUUUAUUGACAUUUCAUACAAAUUAAACAUUCAUUAAUUGUUCAAAAAAAAAUUCAUAAAAGUAAAUUGAGAUCUCAUAAAUUGUUCAUUAACAUUUUCUCCAACUUUAUCAAAAUUUCAUUAUUAUUUUUUUUGAGUCACCUCAUUCAUUCUUUUCUAAAAAUGAUUCCAUAUAAUUAUAUGUGUCGUAAUUACAAUCUAUAUUAUACAUGUAAUGUCCUCACUUUGAAUCCUAACUGUUUGUUAUAUCAAUGUUUUGUUGCUUUGUUUAUUCAAGUGCACUUUAUAAAAGAGUGUUAUUUUAAUAAUCAUUGAAAUGUCUUUCGUGUUCUGCUAAAAGACCAUCAAAUGGUAUUGUCCAAAAUGUGGAAUCCUCAGUAGAAAUGUACAUUGUAUCACUACUUGAGUUGUGAGUGCGCGUAAUGUGCUGAUUUAUUUAGUGACGUCGAUAUUGACAUGUUUAAUUACGAGCUUUACCAUGACUUUUAAGUGAUAUAUCAUGUUUUAUACGGGAAUAUUUUCCAUAUCAGUGUUUUGCUCAUAGAAAUGAUAUAAAUGCGUAUUGUGUAUGUUUUCAGAUAUCUUUUGAAAGUUGAAUAUUUUUUAUUUUAUUUUUGAUAUAUAAAUAAACAUGCCAUAUAGAAGCUAAGAAUGAAACUUAUUAUUAUAUAUUUUUAUAUCCAUAUAAUUCCGACAUUUUAAUGCCAAAUAUUCUCGAAUAUUCCCUUCACUGCCAGUUAUUUUCUAGAUAUUUUUUCAGCUAAAAUAAUGUUUUAAGCCCUUUGAUUAAUGCAUGUGCGUAAGUUGUUCGCGUUAGAUAAAUAAAUUAUAUUACAUACCAAGAGUCAUAUGGACUAACGAGAGAAUCAAACUUCCUGUAAUGUCUAUAUUUAGCGUUUUAUAAAAUCGAUUUUUAUUAUCACGAGUUAGCUCUCUGUGAACUCUGGAAGAUAAUUAAAUAUGCAUAUCAGUUUAAAAUAGUGUUAUUGAUGUUUCGUGUAAUUAUCGUGAACAUAUGUAAUUAUUGUAUUGUAUGCUAUAUUUCAUCCAAUGAUUCGUCUUUUCCCAUGUGUGUAUUGGCAUUUUCUCUAUUGAUUGUCUAUGUAUAUCGACUGUGUAACAGUUUAAAGUGUUGAUCACCAUGUUAAGGUUAGUAUAUUAUCGAUUGUCUACAUACGGUUGUAGUUUACGAGUUAAUCGUAAAAGGGCCAUGGCCUUCAUGAAACAUUCAUCCAACUGUGACACCAUGCAUUCAGUGUGUUCCAUUAUCCCACUGUUAUAUGCGUAGUCAUAUCUAUGUUUCUUACUUACGCCUAAAUUUGAGAUCAGGUGUAAAAUACCAGGUGCUGUAUGAUAUCUAACCCCUUCGUUUCUGAUAUGAUUUACAACAAUAAUGAUCCCCCUGUGGGGGCUGUUUUAUUUUGACAACCUUAUGUGAGGUCCACCUCCAGAUAUUUGGAGAUUUUAGUCACACAAUUUAAGUGUACACCUUUAAGAACUCAUCAAUUUUCAUAUAGACACAUUUCACUAUUUAUCUUUGAUAACGCCGGAUCCGAGUUAUUGAUAGGUAAUUAUUUAAAUGUAUAGCAAAUGCUUACAUAUAGUAUUGUAUACGUAUCUGUUUGUAUCACAAUUUUAGGGAAGUAUAAUAUUUUAUAUAUUAUAUACAUUUAUAAACAUCUGCUGCCAUUAUUAAAGUACUUGGAUGUUUACAUGAAAUUUUAUAUGCCGCUUCAGUUGUCUCCCUUGAGUGAGCAAAAUGACAGAUAGCAUUCAACAACUUCAAGUUGUUAUCAAUAUCGAGCCAUAGAAUUGUGUUUAUUUUUUGUAUCUGGUUGUAAGCACUGGUACGAGUAUGUCAAUGAAAGGAUUACAAUAUAUAGUUUAAAUGAUGAAACGAAUACUAUAUACAGUUAUAAUGAUGAAAUGAUGAGUAGAUAUAGUUUUAUUGAUGAACGGAUUACUAUAUAUAGUUUUAAUGAUGAAAGGUUAAUAGUAUAUAGUUUUAAUGAUGAAAUGAUUAGUAAAUAUAGUUUUAAUGAUGAAAGCAUUACUAUAUAUGGUUUUAAUGAUGUACAGAUUACUAUAUAUAGUUUUCAUGAUAAAAACAUUGCUAUAUAGUUUAAAUGAUAAAAGGGUUACUAUAUAUAGUUUUAAUGAUGUAAGGGCUACUAUAUGAAGUUUUAUGAUGAAAGGAUUUCUAUAUACAGUUUUCUAAUGAAAGGAUUACUAUAUAUAGUUACAAUGAUGAAAUGAUUACUUCAUAUACUUUUAGUAAUAAAGGAUUUCUAUAUACAGUUUUCUAAUGAAAGGAUUACUAUAUAUAGUUACAAUGAUGAAAUGAUUACUUCAUAUACUUUUAGUAAUAAAGGGUUACUAUAUACAGUUUUUAUAAUGAAAGGAUUGCUUUGUAUAAUUUUAUGAUGAAUGGGUUACUACAUACUGUUGUAUGACGAAAAUAUCAUUCUAGCUAUACAGACAACGUGUUUAUUUAUAUGUGCUUACGCAGAAAAUGCUCAAUUCAUUUUUUAUGCUAUUUAUGUCAUUGUUACAUUAAGAUUAUUGAUUAAAUAAUAAACAUCAAGUUUC